ACCGAAACUACCCGCAUGUAAAUAUCACACACAGUUUUCAAGGCAAUGCUUACAGAACGCAUAACAGACUGAGAGUUUCGGUGAAGCUCUUCCUGUUAUCAAGUGUAAAAAAAAAAAAAAAGAAAAAAAAAGUUUCUGCCGAUAGUGAAUUCUGUUUAUUCAUUGAACUUCUUGCAUAAGGCAGUGAUGCCUCAGAUCACGUCAGGUGUGAUCAUGCAGCUGACGCUCCUGCUGUCAGCUCUACCUGCGCAGUAUCUCAUCUCCAAAUGGACGAGCGGCACCGAGACACAACGAUACAUCGCCACUCAGAGAAUACUUGACACAUGGGACUCCAUAAGAAAAUCUUACUUGAACACAGCUGCUUGGGUUGACUGGCUCAAUACCUGGAUUCCCAAACUACCGUACUUCAGAGAGGAAGAGGAGCAAUACCAAACUCUGGAAGAAACAAUGGCGGUUGAGCUGAUGAUGCAUGACAACGAGCACGGAUACUUUGCAGUGUCAAAGGAGGUGCGAAUCCCCAGGCCGGCAUAUGUGCUGCACCGUGUAGGCCAAGUUGUGAUGGAGACAGAGAAUAUGAUGGUGGGGGUGAUCAUGGGAUGGGAUGCAGGACUCAGAGCCCCACCAGAGUGGAUCAAGAGAAAGAAAUACUCAGACUCAGAGCUGGAGAGAGCCAAGGACACUCCUCAUUACAGAAUUGCGUUCAGUGGACCUGAUUCUUCAUCAGUACUGAUUGGAUACAUUCCGCAGUAUAAUGUCAAGCUCUUUCAAGGCUUUCAGCCGGACAUUCCUCGAUUCCUAGAGCACUACUUUUCACACUUCGAUGGGGAAAAGUUUGUUAUGGAAGAAUGGUUGCAAGAAAUCUACCCUGAUGACUGAAGGACUGAAACCUUGAGAGAGGUUUUAAAAACACUUUGAAAUGCUUGGAAACGUGCAUGAUGACUGCAACCCUUUAUUGACAGUAUUGGUUCUUUUUUAAGCAAUGGUUUUUUAAAGGUUUUUUUUUGGGGGGGGGGGGGGGGGGGGGUAUACAAAAAAGACAAAAGAAACAAGUAUGUUUAGAGAUAUAUCUUGUUUACAUACCCCAUACAUUGUGAACUGCAUGUAAAUAUAUGCUAGGCUAUGUUAAGCUGUUUUCCCAGGGCAGAACUAAAAAAACACAAUGCUAUAUUUAAUAUCACUUUUAUAUUUUUAAAAUAAGUCAUGUCUUGCACACUUUGCAAAAGAUAUGUAAAGUUGUGAGAAAAAUAACUGAUGUUAAAAAUCAAUUGUUCAAAUGAAUGUUUUAUAAUAUGCAGUUAAAUCAAAAUCCACCCAUGUUGAUCUGCCUCAGAUGAGUUCCAGAAAAUCAAUUAACUUAACUUGCAGUUAAUAUGAAAGGCUGUAGCCUAUUUAGAUGAGAAAAACAGAAGGAUUUGUUGUUUAAAACAGUAUUGAGCCAUUAAUACAAACAUGAUUUCUUAUUAAAGCCUAAUUUAUUUUAAA